CGCUAAAGAAGGGAUUUCCCCAGAGUUGGUGGCUGCUUUAGGCCGUGGCCUCCCCUUCUCUUUGCUGACCCGAGCCCAAACUAACCUCACUGACCACUAACCACGAACCGCUAUUCCACUAUUCCACUAUUCCACUUCCACUAACCACCCGACUACUUACACCAGUUCGCCAAUUGGAUUGAUUGCCCGUGCCAAUCUCCUCAUCUCCUCCCCAGUCUCCUCAACCUAUCGUCCCCCUCCCUUGCUCCAACCGACCUGACGAGACGACUCCGUGACUCGAUCUCCAGUCCUUCCUUUGGCAGGGCCCGCCUCUCAUCUCCUCACCUUUCGUCGGUCGAUGCCCACCGUCAAUUCUCUUCUACUGGGUGAAUAAGCCUAUCGUCGAUACCACCGAGCAAUGGCUCUUACGCAACCGUCAACCUCGGAGCGGACCAUCCGCAAAAUUGACAUUGCCCAGGUGUCCCUCAGCCUCCAGGAUCGCUUGGGCCUCGCCAAAGUCAAGUACCAGAACGGCCGUCUACAUGCCCUCGGGCCCAACCACAAUGGCGGGAUACAUGUCUGCUUGGAGAGCGACCGGCCUUCGGAUUCCUCGUCGGACAUCUCUCACAGCCGGAGCGAGACUCCAUUGACGCCGCCUCCCUUGCCAAACUCGUCCUAUUCGAAAGAACUACCCAGGUCGUCCCGGAACAGACAUGCAGCAACCUUCGAUUCCAAGGCAAUGCAACCGAUGCUGUCUGCCAGCCGAAAGCGUCUGCGGUCCGACUCGAUCACAGACCGGACGGUCAAAGCCCCCCGGGUUUCAUGGAAGACUUCACAUCACCUGCCUGAAUCGUCCCCGGGCUUCAGCCGGCAGCACAUGCACCGGCACCUCCCCCUCCCGUUCAUGGCAGAGAUCCCCGAAUAUUCCUCUCCAGCGUACCCUCCACACUCCGAAGACGAUAACGACCCCGACCUUCCCGUCCACAGCUUUCAGCAUAUCAGCUCUUUGUCGGGUUCCUCCCCUCCUCGCACGCCUCCUCCCAAGCACGCCCGUCCGUCCCGGAACGACCGCACAUUGCGGCAUGCCGACGGGGCAGAUCUGCUUUUGUACCUGGCCAAUUCCCCGACUCCAGCCAAGCCCCAGGGUCGGGACUUCCCUCCUUCUACACCCCCGAGCCAGCAUGCCGCUUUGCCUUCGCUGACCCCGACCCCUGGCGGCGGCGGCGUCUUUCCUAAUUUCGGCACUCCCAACCAGCAGUUCAACUUUGCCGAUUUCGUGAAUGUGACCCCCAGCCCUGCCCAGCCCCCCUGGGGCGGUCGCACGCCUGGAGGCCCCUCGAAAACGCCCCUUGCCAACAGGGAGCGGAAGAGAUCCAACCUCGACGGCCUGCUGCCCCCGAGCACGGAUAGUCCCAGGAACCGCGGAAAAGGGCCUGCCAUGGUCCUCCAACUCGGCGAAGAGCUACGACCCGAAAACCGCAAAUAAACUGGAUGUACAGAUGCUUCCCUUCUUGUUUAUGCAUUCCCCUCCCAUUGUUGAUGACUCUUAAUGACUGUUAUGUGCCCAUAUCUUGAUUUCCACCCAUCCUCAUACCCCGCCGCUGUAUCCAGUUGUCUAUCCGAUUUUCUUGUGUUGUACGGUCA